GCAGCGCGGACGGCUUUCUUCGCGUUCUGGCUCAAGAAAUAUAUAGACUGCCGACACAGCUUUACGCAGCACACACUCUCCCGUCGCGCAAAAAACCAAUUUCUUCUGAGUCGCGACCGCUCUGAUAUCCGCGACGCGCCAAAACUUAGUUCCCUGCCCGGUCAGAGCUCGCGCAAGCUCCACAGUCGCGAACCGCUUCCUACCCCAACACCAGUGGACAUUCCAUAGAUUGAAGACAUGGCGCUUUUCGGAUCGACUGCGCCAGCUCCUGCAAGCACCACUACAGGCGACACCAGCAAGGACGUCGAGGUGCAGCAGAGCCAGCUCCCAACAGACAGCAUCCAGGACCUCCAAUUCUCGCCCGCAAACGACUUCCUCGCGGUAGCAAGCUGGGACAAGAAGGUUUACAUCUACGAAGUCGCAGGGAAUGGCGCGAAUGGCAAGUGGCUGUUCGAGUGUCAGGGCCACGUCUUGGGCCUCGGCUGGUCAAAAGACGGUUCUCGAGUAGCAGCCGGCGACUCCACUGGCCACCUCAACAUCGUCGACUUCCGCAACGUCGCUGCCAGCGGCCAGGUACAGGCUCAGCAAGCCAAAGCUCACGAGGAAGCCAUCAAGUGCGUGCGCUGGUUCCAGACUGGCGGCCAAGACUAUGUGGCCACGGGCUCCUGGGACAAGACAGUCAAGUUUUGGGAUCUGAAGGGCGCGGCAGCAGUCGCCACUCUGCAAUGCCAGGACCGUGUCUACAGCAUGGACAUUAAGGACCAGCUGCUGGUCGUUGCGACCGCCGAGCGACACAUUAACAUGAUCAACCUGAACGAGCCCACCAAGAUCUACAAGACUAUUAUCAGUCCGCUCAAGUGGCAGACGCGCGUUGUCAGCUGCUUCACUGACGCUUCGGGUUUCGCGGUUGGCAGCAUCGAGGGACGCUGUGCGAUCCAGUAUGUCGAGGACAAGGACACAACUCUCAACUUUUCAUUCAAAUGCCACCGCCAACAAGACCCCUCCCAGCGCGACGUUGCAAAGGUCUACUCAGUAAACGCCAUCUCAUUCCACCCCCAGCACGGCACAUUCAGCACCGCCGGCUCCGACGGUACCUUCCACUUCUGGGACAAGGAUGCCAAGCACCGUCUCAAGGGUUACCCCGAGGUCGGCGGAUCCAUCACAGCAACCGCCUUCUCGCGGAACGGAGACAUCUUUGCCUACGCCGUUAGCUACGACUGGAGCAAGGGCUUCAGCGGAAACACCCCACAGUACCCGAUCAAAAUCAAGCUGCACCCGGUCAUCGGGGAUGAGUGCAAGCCCAGGCCGGGGACGAAGAAGAGGUAAAUCCGAGUCUUGGACUUGGGUUCCUCGUCUUCUCACUGUGCAUCUCCAUCCAAUCUGAUGCUGACGUUUGAGCUGCAAAGUGAUGAUCCGAAGAUGGCACGACGAGGGGCCUUUUCAGUGUAGACUCUUGGCUCGUGGGGCACCGCCCGGAGCAGGGCACAAACCUCGCCGCUGACUAGAGAGCUAGGGGAGAAUGAUGAACUGUUUGAUUGUAUUGCAUUAGCGUUCUACGGCAGACUGGCGUAUACGGAUCGCCUGCGGGCGACGGGAU